AUAACUAUGUGCUUUGUACAAUUUGUCAUUUAGCACCUACCAACCCCCCUGCAACGGAGGUUGAAGUCUGCAUGACCUUCCUCCAUUUCAUGGUGGCUCACAACAUGGCUCCUCUGGGCCGUCUCUUGGUGUAUUACGUCAGGGAGAAUGGAGAAGGGGUCACAGACAGUCUGCAAUUCACUGUCAAGUCCUCCUUUGAAAACCAGGUUUCAGUGGCACUUUCAGCAAAUGAGACAAGGCCUGGUGAUGUUGUGAACCUCAAAGUUAAAGCCGCGAAGGGAAGCUGUGUCUGCAUUGCUACGGUGGAUAAAAGCGUCUACCUUCUCAAGACAGGUUUUCAGCUGACAUCUGCCCAGGUUUUCCAGGAGCUGGCAGAGUAUGAUGUUUCUGAUGCCUUUGGGGCUCCCAAGGAAGAAGGGCAUUUCUGGUGGCCAGGCAUGUCCUCACGCAGACGCCGCCGCUCCUCUGUCUUUCCCUGGCACUGGGAUAUCACCAAAGAUGCCCGCUUUGCAUUUACA